AUGGCCAGCUGGCUUCCAAAAGUCAAAGUAGCCGCCUGCAACGUCGCCCCCGUCUUCCUAGACACUCCAAAGACCAUCCAGAAGACCAUCUCCCUCAUCCGCGAAGCAGCCCAUAACCGCGCAGACCUCGUCGUCUUCCCAGAGACUUACAUCCCCGCCUUUCCCCUCUGGGCCGCCGUCUCCGCUCCCAUUGACAACCACGCUUUCUUCCACAAAUUAGCGGAGCAAAGUAUCCACAUCGACGGCAAAGAAAUCAAAACUCUCCAGCAAGAAUGCGCCAGUUCGAAACUUUUCGCGCAUGUGGGUUUCAAUGAAAGGUCGAAGGCAAGUUUGGGGUGUAUUUGGAAUAGUAGUGUGUUAAUCAACGAUCAAGGAGAGAUUGUGAAUCAUGCCCGUAAGCUGGUUCCUACGUUUUUCGAGAAAUGUGUCUGGGCGCUUGGGGAUGGGGAGGGGUUGAAAGUGGUUGAUACGGGGCGGUGUGGAAGGGUUGGUAGUUUGAUUUGUGGGGAGAAUACGAAUCCCCUCGCACGGUGGACGUUGAUGGCGCAGGGGGAGCAGGUGCAUAUUUCGACUUGGCCGGCGGUCUGGCCGACGAGACGACCUGUCACGAGUACUGUAGUGCCUGGAGAGGAGAAGGUCGGGAAGCAGUAUGACAACAUCGCGGCUAACCGGACGAGAUCUGCGGCGCAUUGCUUUGAGGCGAAGUGUUUUGGGGUCUUGUGUUCGGGGUUUAUGGAUAAGGCUAUGAGGGAUGCUAUCGUGAAGGCUACGCCUAGUGCUGCUGAGACGCUGGAUAGUCUUACGCAGGGUGCUAGUCUUUUCUUGGAUCCGACGGGUGCGCAGGUUGGGGAGAUGGUGCAGGGUGAGGAGGGCAUUGCGUAUGCUGAGUUGGAUCUGAGCGAGUGUGUUGAGGGGAAGCAGUUCCAUGAUGUCGUUGGCGGGUAA